CGAGACUCACGAGACUCACGAGUCGGAGUCUGCGAGGAUCCUUUCCCCGUUUCCUGUGAAGCGGAAACGACAAACGGACACAGGAGUAUGAACGAUUACAUUGCUGACCGCUGAGCGAGUGACUUUCAGGCAUGGUAAAGUGAGAGCUGAACAUGCGUUCUACCGAAGCCGCCUGCCUGACAUGUCGUCAGAAAUCACGUCGAUGUGAUCGGGGGCGGCCCGUGUGUAAACGUUGCAUCAGCAAGGGAUUGCAAUGUGGUGGGUACCCAGACAAAUUUCGUUUUUGCGGGAUCGCCAGCCGUGGGAAAUGGAAGGGUCGAGAUGUCCCCAUUGAUACAGAGGCUGUCUCCCCAGCCUCCUCUCCUUCGUCAACAAAUGUAUCAAGAAAGAUUGUGUUGGGACAGAGUGAUACUUCAUCAAGUCAUUCUCCCAACGAUGCACUGGCACUGGUAUCUCAAAGCUCGAAAUCGAAUCACAAGUCAGAAAUCGACAGGGUCCUCAGCUUGGAUGAGACCGACUUGCUUUUGAAACACUACGAUCACGUUAUUUGUCCCCAUCAGAUCGCCCAUGAGAAUAACAGCGAUAAUCCCUAUCGGCGCUAUGUGCUUCCUCUAGCGUAUGAGCAAAUUGGACUUCUUUAUGCGGUUCUUGGGCUUUCCGCAUGUCAUCUGGGACAUCUGAAAUCCGAUAAGCACCUGUAUGAAACAACCGCCGUCGAUUAUCGGGUCAAGGCAAUCACUGCACUCGGCGCAGCCAUCAGACAAGUCUGCUCCGGAAGUUUCAAUGACAACGAACGGGACGGGGUAUUUGUAACCAUACAGAUCUUACUACUUCAUGAUAUUCGCGAAUCUGGCACCUCGACGCACGGCGCGCAUAUAUCAGGCGCACUGUCUAUCUGUAACCAGUUGAAGCUUGAUGAACGCUUGACAGUCAAAGAUGAAAGAACUGUAUUUUUUCUGGGUAAUCUUAUCUGGCUAGAUAUCAUCCGGGCAUUUUCUGUGCCAGAAAGAUUGUGCUUUACACAGGAACUUCGCCAGAAACUACUAUCCCUAUGUGACCUGAGAUUCGAAGCCGUCAAUGGUUGUCCGAGGGAGCUAGCCCUCAUCAUUGGUGAAAUUCUCGAGCAUGCCAAAGCGCAUUCGACCGACCGUCUAAGCACAGACGAGUACCAUACACACGUCCAAGCACUGAUCCAAAAGCUUUUUAGCUGGGAUAGCUCUCGGUGCUUCUACCCCAGCGAAGACCCCCUCUGGCGGUGCGUUGCUGAGGCAUUUCGACAUACUUGCAUUCUGCGCGCUUGGCGCCUUCUUGAUCCUACCGAAUCGGCGUCGACGCCACGCAUACAGACAUCGGUCAUGGCAAUUCUGGAUUCUCUUGCGCAUGUUCCUGGAACCAAUCCGUUGAUAGAGCUCAACGUGAUGCCUUUGUUUAUGGCUGGCGCUGAUAGCCUUUCUCCUCACUCACGACAUUAUGUCUUGUUACGACUGAGUGAGAUUCAAGCCAGAGCUGAGAUGGGUUGGGCAGCACCUCAGUCAUUGCUUGAGAAGGUAUGGCAAGCAAGAGCUCGUCAGUCGGAACAUGAUCAAAGCAAUGUUCCUUGGAUGGAUUUUACCCACAAUGCCGACUCAAUGCACCAAGACGACUAUUUGAUUAUAUAAUAAUGUGAUUCGAUAUUAUUUCGACUCAAAAUCUGGAGCUUUGGUUUUACUGUCGUCUAGCAAGGGCUCUUGGGCAGUUCAAUCUUAAAGCCGAUCGGCCUCAUGCACCCGAGAAAUUUACUGCUCGCAAGCCGACAGACGUCAUGAGCUCGGUCCAACAUUGUUGAGUCCGCUCCAGAGCGUGGACCUCUUCAAUGACAGCAGAGAGAUCAUUUUGAAAGACUCUCUUCCGAGAAACGGGGCAUUAUAUCCUGAAUCCGAUCAGAUCAUGACCGCGAACGGCCCCAAUAUUAACCAGAAGUGCGGUGUUCGCAUUCAGACCAGGAUGAUUCAAGAUCUGUUCCUGAGCUGGAAACCAGUCUCCCCAGUGCGGUCUGUCAGCUCGCUGUCCUUCCACAAAGAUAUUGAAUUGAGACAAAGCCUCCAGGAUGUGACAGAGCCAAGAAACCCGUAUGCCUUGAUACUACUAUAAAUUAGAAAGUAGCGAACAUGGGUCAUCUGGAUUGCGAUGGUUGGUGACAUGGACGUAUUCUGGAGUCUUUUGGAAGGGGUUGGCAGAAAUCCCAGGAAGCUAUCGCCCGGUAGUUGUGAGCACGCACGGUACUUUGUUUCCUGGGCGGGAAACUUACAGUGACUCUACAGCUCCAAUCGAUGCCCUCUCGGUUAAGGAUGGAUAGAACCAUUCCGGAACUGUCAAUCGGAAACUCAAAAAUUUGAGCAAGUCGACAGUUUCCACGCACGCAGUAGUAUACAAGAGCGUCGCAUCACUCUCAAUGGAUAAAGUAAGUCCGUUCUAAUAAUUCAGACUCUCCUCCUUCCUAUGGAAUAUCUGUGUCUUGUAAUGCAUCGUGUCGAUCGAG